GUAACAUUUCCUUUUAGGUUUCCUACUUUUUUGAAGUUCGUCUGUAGAGUUUCGUCUCCAAGGGACUGGGCAGCUCUACGCAGUGAAGGCCUCUCCUGGGUUCAUAGGAGGGUUGACCUUGCCUCAACUAGUCAAUCGGACUAACUUACCCUCACCUCUUCAGCGUUUUAAAUAGGCAAUAUGGGCAACCAACAAGCAGGCUGCUCGGGAGUCCGAGGCAGGGGAUGGGACAUGGAGCGAAGAGGCUUACGGGGCUUCGACGGAAAAUACCGUCCUCUUCGUGUUUUGGGCAGCGGCCAGUUUUCAACGGUUUAUGAAUGCGUGAGGGUCGAAGACCCGAGCGAGCGCUACGCCAUGAAAGUCAUGUCCUGUUGGACUUGGGAUUCUCGAACACUGCGUCGCAUCGAGGAAGAGAUCUCCAUAAUGCAAGAACUUGGCCAAUCGCAUAGCUGUUUGGUCCGUCUAGUUGACUCGUACAAGGAAAGAAUCUGUUUGUCUCAAACAUCCAGGAGCAGAGGCGAACCAAACUCUUUCCCGUUCGACAACUUGCCAACGUCAUCUAUGCCACGAGCAACCGGCGUUCCUGUGUCAGAUACCCAACCACCACUGCCGUCAUCCGGACCAUCAACCACAGUCAUUGAACAGAGUUUCCAGAGCACCGAUGAUAGUCGAAUGCGAUGCAUUUGGCGCAUUGCACUAGUGCUGGAUUUCUGUGGAGGCGGGGACCUGGCAGAUUAUCUGAACCGGCAUGGUGCUCUUGAUGAGAACCAAGCCCGAAGCAUCAUCUUCAAAAUCUGCCACGGACUAGCAUUUCUCCACGAACGGGGUAUCAUACACCGGGAUAUUAAACCAGAAAAUAUCCUUAUCGCAAAGGAUGACGGAAAUACCCUGGAUAUCAAAAUUUCGGACUUUGGGUUGGCUAAGAAGAUGUCAGGAAGGUUUCAUCGGAGUCUCUCUCUUUGUGGCAGCGACUUCUACUUGCCCCCAGAAAUGCUACAGCAGCGGCCAUAUGAUACCCAGGCUGACAUGUGGAGCGUAGGUGUUCUAGGAUUUGCAGUUUUGUUUGGCUGCUCCGCUUUCUGCUCUAUGGAGCUGACCACGUUGUACCAGCAGAUAAUAGAACGGAGGCUAAGCAUUCAUCCCUCGUCACCAAAGUCAACGGUGUCCGCAGGAGCCUGGAAAUUUCUUCUGGACUUGCUUCAGGUUCAACCGUAUAAGCGUCUUAACGCGCAUCAAGCGUUAAAACACAGGUGGUUAAGAGGGUCGUUGUCGGCAGAGGAGCUUUGUGGUCUUCCUGCUCUCUCGGUGGACGGGUUGCCGAACUCGAGUCUUCCGCAUGGAGGAAACAAAGAAAGCAUCGAUGUGGAUAAAGCUGUACCAAUUCGCGACAAUGCUCCACAGCAAAUGCAGCCGACAACUCUUGAUGUAAAAGUGACUGUUCCGUCUAAACUACAGUCGAUGUCACUGGACAGCACUUACGAGUGUCACUCGAUCAACAAAUCGAUGCUCACAACAAGCAUCCGAUCUCCAGGGCCCUCUUCGUUACGCUGCACAGACCAAGACCCGAUGAUGCCACGGCACACUUACGGCUUCCCUGGCUCUUCAAAAGAACCACUUGUAGAUCUGGGCUUUCCUUUUGCCUGCACCGCCGAAGCCAAGAGGUUACCAGUAUUAAGAUGUUAAAGAAUUCUUUGGAAUGGCGUGGCAGGAUAGCCGCGGCAGCCAGGACGCUGCUGCUGUUAAGUGUCUGAUGCGUCGUUUCGCGGUCGGCAGACAAGACAUUUGCAGCCGCCCAAGUGUUACGAUAGAACAGUGAAUUUCGUGAACUGACAAGCAAGGGAACCAGAUUUCAUUUGCAUUCUUGAAAUUAUGAAGGAAGUAUGUUCAAAUCUUUGAACAGAAGACAAUCCCACCCUGCGUAGUCGGUUCAAAUCCGUAGUAUGAUUGAUGCGUCCCUAGCGCAAGAGGUCGAUAAGAUGAAGACUGGCUCGUUCCCAGUUCACGUAGUUGUGCCACUUGUUAGUCAUGAGUUGGAAUCGCUGCCGCUAUAGGUAAGUUCCACACGCGAGACAUUUACGGUGACCCAGGAUGAUUUCCGGAUUUCCCAAUGUCAAGACCGACUUCGCUGAUCGAACGAUGACCGCCCCAACUAGCAGCUUUGUCGUGUUCCGCUUCUUUUCGCACAUAGCUAAUAGUGAGCGAGUGUAACCCACAUCAAAGCUCCACACAACGUACUGGUGGUGGUAUAAUCACUGCACCCAACGACACGGUAUGUAUUUUAUCGGCUAUGCAGUGGACGUGAAUGCGACACUUGUAAUUCAUUGUGCGUGUAUUGCCACGUAAGAGACAAGAUGUGGCUGGAGACCAGGGAGUUGUUUCGAGCACCCCCUGUACAUCUGUGUACCGUGAUUUUUCCAUUUACCCUGUCCAGACGCAGAAGACCCCAGCGAACCUGUUCAUCUGAAUUCUAGGAACUUGAGGGGACCGGGCCAGACUAGACCUGCUCCAAACAGUUACAUGAGUGGCAGUACUACCGCUGUGUCGAACAUCGAUCGCUAAAACUCUACACGUAAACCGCAUUUCUUCUACCAUAGUGAUCACGGCUCCGC